UCCAUUUUACUACACUAGUUUUGUUUCACCUGCUUCCUCUUCCUGAUCCUUGUCAAUCUCUCAUUCUCUCUCUUUGAUAUUUUCUUUUUUAAAUGGCAAAUCAAUAUCCAUUAAUGGAGCUCGAAGCUUCGUGCAGGUUCUCGCAACCUCUGCAUGCAACCGUUAGGUUUGUUUUACUAGCUAUCAUCAUUUUCCUUCUUGUUUUUCUUUUACUCUACUCAGUAAGGUCAAAUCUCUGGUGCAACUGUGAAAUAUGCGAAGCUUAUCUCACUUUGAGUUGGACUAAAGAAUUUACUAAUCUUUGUGAUUGGUAUGUUCAUCUUUUGAAAAAUUCUCCCACAAAAACAAUUCAUAUUCAUGUUCUUGGUAAUACUAUUACAGCCAAUCAAGAAAACAUUGAGUAUAUUCUCAAAACAAGAUUUCAUAACUUCCCAAAAGGCAAACCUUUCUCUACAAUCUUGGGUGAUUUUCUUGGCCAAGGGAUAUUCAACGUAGAUGGCGAUUCAUGGAGGUUUCAGAGAAAAAUGGCGAGUCUCGAACUCGAUAAAUUCUCAAUAAAAGCGUACGCAUACGAGAUUUUUCAUUCCGAGAUUGAAGAUCGUCUUGUCCCACUUCUAUCUUCCGUUGCAGAUGAUGAUUGUGCUCGAAUCUUGGAUUUACAAGACGUUUUUCGACGUUUUUCUUUCGAUAGUAUAUGUCGAUUUUCAUUCGGAUUAGACCCGAGAUGCUUAGAAAUCACUCUACCGAUUUCAGAUUUCGCUAUUGCUUUUGAUUUAGCAUCAAAAUUAUCUGCAGAAAGAGCCAUGGCGGUUUGUCCACUCGUUUGGAAGAUCAAAAGGAAAUUAAACAUAGGAACGGAAAAGAAAAUGAAAGAAGCUAUUCAAAAGAUCAACACCUUAGCUCAAGAAGUGAUUAAACAAAAGAGAAAAAUUGGAUAUGUAUUACAAAAAGAUCUUUUGUCUCGGUUUAUGCAUACUAUUAACGAUGAUACUUACCUUAGAGAUAUUGUCAUAAGUUUCCUUUUAGCCGGCCGCGACACGGUGGCUUCUGUCUUAACAAGCUUCUUCUGGCUAAUUGCAAACCACCCUGAAGUAAGAUCAGCCAUAUUAUCGGAGGCAGAGCGAGUUCUCGGUCCGAAUCAAGAACACACAAGCUAUGAAUUAAUGAAAGAUCUUCAUUAUCUACAAGCAACAGUUUACGAAAGUAUGAGACUGUACCCACCAAUUCAAUUUGACUCAAAAUUUUGUGAAGAAGAUGAUGUGUUACCGGAUGGAAAUUUGGUGAAGAAAGGAACUAGGGUUACGUAUCAUCCGUAUGCAAUGGGACGAAUGGAAGAAUUAUGGGGCGAAGAUUGCUUGGAAUUCAAGCCAGAAAGAUGGUUGAAAAAUGGUAUAUUUUUUAAUGAAAACCCUUUCAAAUAUCCAGUUUUUCAAGCAGGUUUAAGGGUUUGUUUAGGCAAAGAAAUGGCUUUAUUAGAAGUUAAAUGUGUUGCUAUUUCAUUGCUUAGACGAUUUGAUUUUGAAUUAGAAGCUUCGAAUCAAACACCAAAAUUCUCCCCUGGUUUGACUGCAACUUUUAGCGGCGGGUUACCAGUUUUGGUGCGUACCAGCAGAAAGGUAGACUAAUAUUUUGACGACGAGGAAUCACUCUACUGAGCCGAAGCUUACGCUGUUCAUAAUCAUCAACUUUCCGGAAGAUUUUGUAUGAUUUUAUAUGAUUUAAUUAAUGUUGAUAUUGGUUAUCCAAGCUGGAAAACCCAUAUCUAUUAUGAUUUAUUGGCCAACACCAAAAACCAGAAUAUUAGGAUGGUGUCGGCAGAAUUAGGCAGUUUUUCAGAGAUAAAAUUCUGAGUGGUACCACUAUUUACCUUAUGUUUUGAUUUAUUGCUUAAUUUUUUUAAUUUGUAUCAGAAUGAUAUUACAAAUUUUAUUUUAUUUUCUACAA